GGGCAAGCCUACAACGCUCCAGCGCCGAGUCUCGUCGGCCGAGUUUUCUGGCCGAAGCUCGUCGGUGCAGCUCCGAUUCGACUUGAGGAUGCUCAACCUUAACUGGAAUUGAUUGCGGCUACCGCUGUCGAACGAUCGUAUGAUCUUUCUGUCUGGCGGAAGCUCAGCAGUGCAGCUCCGAUUCGACUCGGGGAUUCUCAACCCUAUCUGGGUGCGUGGAGUUUGUCAGCUGCACGCAGAAUUGAUUGCGGUUUCCGCUGUCGAACGAUCGAAUGAUCGAACCAAUCGAAACCUCGAUGGCCUGUUUGUGGUGGAACGAGGUAUGAAAUUCGACCCGAAAGAAAGAGCAGCCCGCUAGAUCGAACUCUCGUGGGGUCGUCUGCCCGAACGUGACCGACUCAUCAGGUAGUAGAUCUGGACGACCGGCCCAUCCGGUACAGACUUCUAAUCAAGAGUUCAAUCGCUUUACUCAGUCAGAGCCAUCAACGUUGUUCACUGGUUUGCAAGAAAGCAAGUCGUAAGUCCUGACCACGUCAAAGAUGGGGCGAAAUACUCAGCGGUUACAGUUGCCGGACGCAGACGCCGAGUAGUUUGACUUUGAACUUCGGCGUGGCUGUCGCACGAGCACGACACGUGGCAGCCGCAAGAAGAGCACCAACGCUCCAGCUCCGAGUCUCGUCGGCCUCGUUUUCUGGCCGAAGCUCGUCAGUGCAGCUCCGAUUCGAGUCGAGGAUUCUCAACCCUAUCUGGCUCGGAAGUGCAGCUCCGAUUCGAUUCGACUGGAAUUGGGGAUCCUCAACCCUAUCUGGGUGCGUUGAGAUCGUCAGCUGCACGCAGAAUUUAUUGCGGCUUCCGCUGUCGAACGAUCGAAUGAUCGAAGCAAUCGAAACCUCGAAGGCCUGUUUGUAAUGGAACGAGGUAUGCGGCAAUUGAGGUGUUAUGUGUCGCCCUAAAUCGAGUCUUAUUGGACGCUGUCGGUGUAUUCCGCGGAAUGGACGUACUUGAAACUAAUGCUGAACGAGCACAGAGGAAGGAAUUUACGCCGAUGAGUCCCGAAGAAUCCGAGGACGAGGACUACUGUUUGCACCGGGAAUCAGAAAGAUUACAACCGAAUGAAUUUCUCGAUGAGGAUGAUGAAUUUCCUGCAUAUGGUCCUGGAAUUAAAGACCUGCUCGGAUCAAGAAUGCCGACACAAUCGGAGUUUGACCUCGCAUUUAAGAAAGUAAGAUACACAAAUCGUUGGUGGUACAAAGACAUACCUGACAACUACAGUUCGGAAAGCUAUGAACAUGUGUGCUUUUUUUGGGAGAAUGAAGCCUGCCCAUGGACUUCGAAAAACAAGUGCGGUGAAUUCAGCCUCAAUCUGGCAUUUACCAUGCCAAGACCGAAAGGACCGACAACUUGGAGACUGAUAAUUGUGUUUCAGUCGCUGCACCUAGCGAUAUCAAAAAUCCUGGAAGAGAGGUUGAAGAUGAUGAUCAUGUUAUACCUAGAAAGUCAUAGUCACAUGAUACUUAAAAAGCGCAGCUUGAGAGGUGACAUUCUGGCUAUCCAGCUCGUUCUCGACGAUCUGAGACAGCAGAAAGGAACUGGCAUGUAUAUGAAGCUCCGCUUUGACUAUGAAUAUAUCUCCGGCAACAUCCAGCACGAAUUUCUCUGGGCCACAUUAGCCAGUCUGGAAAUAAACGAGAAGAGCUUGCGCUUAAUUAAGGCCUUAUUCAAAGACGCAUUUACCACUACGAUGUUUGCGAAUGAUGUUGGGCGUGAUGUUCGUUUGACCAGAGGAAUUAGACAAGGGUCUCCCUUAACUCCAGUGCUCAAUUUGCUAGCCAAGGAACCUCUGAUGGCGAUGCUAAAAGAUGGAUUCGAGGAAGGAUUUAUCAAGAGACUGAACCUUGGAGCAGGAACGAUUAUCGAUGUCGAUUAUUCUUUCUUCCCAGACGACAUUGGCUUGUUCUUUCAGGUGGACGAAUCCUCUUUCACGCACGUGAGGACUAUCAAUCAACUAUACGAAAUUGAAUCUGGAUCAACCUUCAACUACCAAAAGUCAACCAUCUAUAUGCUGGGAUUAAAUGAUGCUCCUGAUUGGGUCAAGCAGACAGGAUGCGAGCGAAUAUUUUCAGUAGAAUUGUAGUUCACAAGCAGUUCAAUAUUUCGAUAGAAUUGCAUUGAGUUUAGGCAAGCAUUUACUCUUCAUGAUUCUAGUCUUCGAGAACUCUCCAUGUCGAUGUCCUCUAAAUUACACGAAAUUUUGGAAGGGAUGCCCUUGCUUCAUGUUUUCAUCAAAAUAUAUAUGUUUUCAUCCUCCAUAAAUUUAUAUCGGCUCUGUUCAUGUUUCACAGCA